GUUUCUCAAAACUUGCUGCAUCCUCAACACCACCACCGCAUCUCGAAUCGCCCUUCGCCGCGCACCUCACACCUCACACCUCAUACCUCACACCUCAUCCUCGACCUCUUCUCUACCUCAUCCCUUCCAUCCUCAUACCUCGUCGUAUUCCUCCUCUCUUCUCCUCCAUUCUAUCUCCUUCCCCGCGGUGCACUGCAUCUUCUCUGCUACGCAAGAUCACCUGCCAUCUGCUUAGUUGGACUCUUCGCACCUUGUCGAUCCGCAGUCGCCCACAUCCCACGUCCAGCCCGUCCUCGAGUUAACUCCCUAUCAUCCUCAACUCCGACACACCUCCCGAUAGACAUCACGAUGGCCUCCGUUGACUCUGCUGCAUCUCCAAAUCACAUUGAUGAACCUGGUGUUGCCGACUCUCUGUCCCAGCUUAAUGUUGGAGAUCCACAGAAUGACACUCCGAAGACCGAAGAGGAAUAUGCGCAAUCCCAAUUGACCCUACGUGCUAUUGUAUCAACCAAGGAAGCUGGUGUCAUCAUCGGCAAAGCGGGAAAGAAUGUUGCUGAUUUGCGUGAAGAGACCGGUGUCAAAGCCGGCGUCAGCAAAGUUGUCCAAGGUGUUCACGAUCGCGUUUUGACAGUCACUGGCCCUCUUUCUGGCAUCGCAAAGGCGUACGCGCUCGUGGCCAAGGGCCUUCUUGAAGGCGCACCACAGAUGGGUAUGGGUGGUGUCAUCCAGAAUAAUGGCACGCAUCCCAUCCGUCUUCUCAUUUCCCACAACCAGAUGGGCACCAUCAUCGGCCGGCAAGGAUUGAAGAUCAAGCAUAUCCAGGACGUGUCGGGAGUCCGUAUGGUUGCCCAGAAAGAGAUGUUGCCACAAUCCACCGAGCGUAUAGUCGAGGUCCAAGGCACCCCCGAAGGUAUCGACAAAGCUGUUUGGGAGAUUGGCAAAUGCCUGGUCGAUGACUGGCAGCGCGGGACUGGGACGGUUCUUUACAAUCCGGCUGUCCGGGUUCAAGUUGGGUCUGGUCCUCUCCCUCCCGCGGUUGGCAGCGGUGGUAUGUCUGCGGGUGGCAACUUUGGUGGUGGUCGGUCCUACAAUCGUACCGGUAACGGCGCGGACUUUAGUGAGACGCGUACGUACAAUCGCAGCGCCGAUGCGCCACGAGGAGGUGGUAUUCCCAUGGUCACUGAGGACGGAGAAGAAGUCCAGACCCAGAAUAUCAGCAUCCCCGCCGAUAUGGUCGGCUGCAUCAUCGGAAGAGGAGGAGCAAAAAUCAGCGAGAUCCGCAAGAGUUCUGGGGCCCGCAUUUCCAUUGCCAAAGCACCACACGACGACACCGGCGAGAGAAUGUUCACCAUCAUGGGCAGUGCUAGUGCCAACGAACGUGCCUUGUACCUCCUCUACGAAAACCUCGAGGCAGAAAAGGGACGCAGACAGCAGGUCUCCUCUGAAUGAGGUGCGCAUGCUGCCACAGCCCGGCUCCUUGUCCAGCACGACCACUCUUUCCCCACGCUCCUUGAAAAUCCCCCGUCCAACCAUGUCCCGCCUUCAGACUCGACGAAAUGACAGUUCGACUAAAAAGCAAACGGCAUUGUUUUUCCUUCUUCGGCGUCGGAUAGAUGGUGUCUUGCGCAAAGCGACAUUGACGAAGCUAUGAUACCUUACCUCUCGCCUGGGGCGCGAGAAUUUUUUGACGAAUGAUGACCUGAUCUCGAGCUUGGACGUGACGAGCUCCAUCCAUCGAUCCUUGUUUAAUGUUCUCCAACUACCAAACACCAAUGCAAAUCGAUUCCCGACUCACAAGUGAACUCAUCCAUUUCCCCCAACCACUGUUUCCCCAUUUUAAGCCUCAUCGCCACAGCCCUACCGCCCAAGGCUGGAUUCUCCGAAGCGAAGGAAAGAUUAGACACUGGGUCGGAAAAUAGCGGCGGAGGAGAUGCCCUUGAAAUGUGUUGUCCGUGGCUUAUCUAGAGGAUAUGGCCAACGCUAACCUAGGUAUCACGCGGCUGGUGCAGGAGGAUGUUCGUUGAGCACCUACUUAACAAAACUCAUGCCGGUCGAAGAGAAUGAGCGUAUCAGACCAGAGGACGGACGGGCCUCCUCUCCCUACGAGUACUUCAGAUGAAUCCAACAGCGAAAACUUUUCGUCCAAACCUCGCUUAAGUAGUGACCAUUUUCAGUUCGUAACAUUUCCAGCCGACUGCAGCGUUGAUUUGCCCAAGGCGAGUGACUCGUAGAUUGGUCACCGCAUGUUCACAG